CCCCCCCCUUUGAUGGUCUCUGAGAGUCUGAGAUAUGAGGCCUCAACCCGUAACACUGGCAGAGCUUCGGGAAGCGAUGGGCUUCCGAGGUGAAGCCCCUCCCCCUCCUCCUCCUCCUCACCCUCCUCCUCGUCCUCCCCCUCCUCCUGCUCCUGCUCCUCCUCCUGUGAUGUCAUCAGCGAUCUCUGUAGACGCUAAAGCCGACCUCACGUCCCUGCUGAACGAGUGGGAGGAGUCUCAGAGAGGGACCACGGAGACGCUGGUGUCCAUCCUCACCAGGAUCUCUGAGCUGAUUGAAGGGGAGACAGCAGAAUAUCACAAAGCAGACCCCGACCCGUUCGAUGACCGACAUCCAGGACGGGCAGACCCAGAGUGCAUGCUGGGACAACUCCUCAAGAUGCUCUUCAAUAACGAUGACUUCACUAACGCGCUGCUGGAUAACUACAUCAUGACGAGCAGAGAGCUGGAUCUGAACACGGCCUCCUGCAGACUGCUGCAGAACAUCAUGCCGGGCCUGGAGACCGCUGCUGUCUUCCAGGAGAAGGAGGGUCUGGUGGAGAAGCUGUUCUCCUGGUCCAGAGAGGCGGAGCGGCCUCUCAACGUGUUCUCCACCGGACUGCUGGCCAGAGCCAUGAGCAACCAGGAAGUAGCAGCUAGCUACAGAGACGAGAACGCUCUGCUGGUGCCAAUCAUGAUCCAGCGCCUGCAUGAACUGCAGAGUGAAGACGCCAAGAAUCUGCCUCAGGCCGAAACCUCGAGCGCCUCAACACACCAGAACUUAAAAACAAACGAGGAAGAGGAGGAAGGCGAGAAGAAAAAAGAGGACGAGGAAGAAGAAGAUGCUGAGUUUAAGCUCUGCUCUGCAAAAAAGAACGGAGACAAAACGCGACUUCUGCCGGAUUUUGUUUACCAAGCCAGGCCAGAUCUUGGAGGAAGAGGAGGAGGAGGAAGAAGAGGAGGAUUAGGGAAGAGACGAGCGAUGCAGGACAACGGGAGGAAAGUCAAGCAGAAAAUGAAUGAGGGAGAGGAGGAAGAGGAAGAGGAGGAGAGGAGCGCCUCCUGGUCUGAAAUGAGCUCCAUGGUGAUCGGAUCAGAGUACCGUCUCUCUCCACUGAGCGCCGCCACUGAGCAGAGACUCAUCCUCCAAUACCUGACUCCACUGGGAGACUACCAGGAGUUGCUGGCUGUCUUCAUGCAGUUGGACACUCGCUCUUUACUGAUGAAUUACAUCGACCUGAAGAAGAACAGAAAUGUGCAGCUGAUCUUCGACGCUCUGCUGUAUUUGGCGUCGCUGCUGCUCCAUAAGAAGUUUGCAGCAGAGUUCAUCACUCACGGAGGAGUGCAGAGACUUCUGGAGAUCCCGAGGCCUUCCAUGGCAGCGACCGGAGUUUCUCUCUGCCUCUACUACCUGGCCUACAACCAGGACGCCAUGGAGAGGGUAUGCACCCUCCCUGACGGUGUUCUCUCGGACACGGUCUCCUACGCUCUCUGGCUGCUGGAGUCUUCUCACGCGUCGGGCGUCUGCCACGCCACCAUGUUCUUCUCCAUCUCGUUCUCCUGCAGAGCCGUGCUGACGCUGUUCGACCGGCACGACGGCCUGCGGCGACUCGUCAACCUGGUGAGCACUCUGCAGAUCCUGAACACAGAGAGCGAGGUUUCUUUGAUGAGUGACGACCAGGUGUUCUCCAACAGGCAGACGGCCAAACACACCUGCAUGGCGCUGCGCAGGUAUUUUGAGGCUCACCUGGCAGUGAAGGCUGAGCAGGUCAAACAGUCUCUGCACAACUCAGACGGAGGAAGCACCGUGCCCCAGCAGCCCUUCUAUAAGGCGUACACGUACACCAGGGAGCAGGUGAUUGAGAUGAUGGAGUACCUGAUCGAGAGCGCCCCCCCGCAGCUCCACUGGGAGCCGGUGGAGCUUUUCUACAAGAUGUCGUGCGUGCCUCUGAUGCUGCAGCUCAUCUCCACCGCCUGCGACUGGAGGACCUACUACGGCAGGAGUGACACGGUACGUUACGCUCUGGAUAUCCUGGCCCUCCUGGUGGUGGUUCCUAAAGUCCAGCUGGUGCUCGCUGAGACCGUGGAGGUCCUGGACGAGACCCGCUCCCCUGUCUCCACUGUGGGAAUGAGCAUCAUUCUGGGCGUGGCGGAGGGAGAGGUGUUCGUCCACGAUGCAGAGAUCCAGAAGUCUGCUCUGCAGGUGAUAAUAAACUGGUGUGCCCCGGAUCAGAGCCUGAGUCCUGGGGGGGCUUUCCCGGCCCCCCCCCCUUAUGUUCUGCACCUCAUGUGGCAGCUGGUGCAGAACAACAACGGCAUCAAGGUGCUCCUCUCGGUUCUCUCUGUGAAGAUGCCCAUCACAGAUGCAGAUCUGAUCCGAGCUCUGGCCUGUAAAGCUCUGGUUGGAUUGUCCCGCAGCGCCGCCAUCAGACAGAUCAUCAGCAAGCUGCCGCUGUUCACCAGCAGCCACAUCCAGCAGCUGAUGAAGGAGCCUCUGCUUCAGGACAAACGCAGCGAGCAUGUGCGUUUCUGCCGCUACGCAGCGGAGCUAACGGAGCGCGUGUCGGGGAAACCUCUCCUCAUGGGGAGCGACGUCUCAUUGGCUCGCCUGCAGAGGGCCAACGUGGUCGCCCAAUCACGGAUCACCUUCUCCCAGAAGGAGCUGUUGGUGUUGAUCAGGAACCACCUGGUGGCCAAAGGGCUACAUGACACCGCUACCCUUGUCAGGGAGGCCAACCUCCCCUCCUCCCCUCCUCUGAUCUGCAGGAGUCACCGCUCGGACAGACAAGGUCGUAUCGGCGGCGGCCAUGUUGGCUCGUCUCCUGCGUCCUCAUUGGCUGUUGCCUCCUCCUCCUCCACUCCCAUUCGCUCCCUCGUCCUCUCCUCCCCCUCGCCAGCGUCUCUUCCGGCGGGUCGGAUUCUGUUUUCUCGAGAACGCCCGCCUGCGAUCUGUAACUCUGGGAGGAGACUGAGUACUCCCGGCCAUGAAGAUGCAGCCCCCCCCCUCGCCCCCCCCUCCCCCCCCUCCCUGGACAGCAUCAUCACAGAGUUUCCUGAGGGAGCAGCAAUGCGCGCUGCAUUAACCCCGUCACCACCUGCCCCCCCUUCUCCCUCUUCAACCCCCCACCGCUGCCCCGAGCCCACGCAGCGCCGCAUGGCCGAGCCCAACUUCAGCGCACCGGCUGGGUGGGGCGGGGCCUAUACCCGAGGCACGGGGGGGUGGACCGAGGGGGGCUGGACCGGCACCUCAUCUUCAGCAG